AUGAAGCUCCUUCCUCGUACUUCUUCGGGGCUCUUUUCUCUUCAGUCGCUUCUCAAAAGCGGCUUCUCUCCCACCUCAAACUCCAUCGACAGAUUUCUCCGAUAUCUUUACCGUCGCCAGAAGUUUAAUUGCAUUCUUCACUUCUACUCUCAGCUAGAUUCGAAGAAAUUUCACAUAAACCACCGGAUUUACUCCAUCGUAUCAUGGGCAUUCCUCAAUUUGAACAGAUACGAAGACGCAGAGACGUUUAUCAACAACACCCUGAUUUUAAAAGCCUCGAUUUUCCCCAGGACACGCAUGCUGGAUUCUCUGAUCUAUGGGUUCAGCGUCACGAGAGAUGGUCCCGAUAAGGCCCUUUCGAUUCUCCGGGACUGCUUACGGAUUCACGGUGCGUUUCCCUCUUCCUCGACGUUCUCUUCACUGAUUUCUCGGUUCGUUGCGAAAGGAGAGAUGGGUAAAGCUAUCGAGGUUUUAGAGAUGAUGACGAACAAAAAACUAAACUACCCAUUUGAUAAUUUCGUUUCUAGUGCUGUGAUUUCUGGGUUUUGUAAGAUUGGUAAACCGGAGCUUGCGUUAGGGUUUUUCGAGACUGCCAUGGAUUCUGGAGCUUUAGUGCCAAACCUUGUUACUUAUACUACGAUUGUGAGCGCCCUUUGUCAAUUGGGUAAGGUUGAUGAAGUUAGGGAUGUGGUUAGGAGACUGGAAGAUGAAGGAUUUGAAUUUGACUGUGUUUUCUGCAGUAAUUGGAUUCAUGGGUACUUUAAGGGAGGUGCAUUAAUGGAUGCACUUAUGCAGGAAAGGAAAAUGGUGGAGAAGGGAAUAAGUCGAGAUACUGUGAGCUAUUCGAUACUGAUAGAUGGGAUGUCCAAGGAAGGAAGCAUCGAUAAAGCUUUGGGGUUAUUGGGGAAGAUGAUAAAGGAGGGAAUAGAGCCGAAUUUGAUCACUUUUACUGCUAUUAUGAGAGGACUCUGCAAAAAGGGUAAACUGGAUGAGGCAUAUGCGUUGUUCGAUAGAGUUCUAAGUAUGGGAAUCGAAGUGGAUGAGUUUGUGUAUGUGACUUUGAUCGAUGGAGCUUGUAGGAAAGGAUAUUUGAGUCGAGCUUUCUCCAUGUUGGAAGAUAUGGAGCAGAGAGGGAUUAAACCAAGCAUCCUUACUUAUAACACUGUGAUUAGUGGGCUGUGCAGGGCAGGGAGAGUGUCGGAGGCCGAUGAGAUUUCGAAAGGGGUUUCUGGAGAUGUCGUUACUUAUAGUACUUUGUUAGAUGGUUACAUCAAGGAAGAGAAUGUUGAUGCUGUUUUAGAAAUCAGGCGUAGAUUUGUAGAAGCUGAAAUCCCUAUGGACUUGGUUAUGUGCAACAUUCUCCUGAAAGCUUUUCUACUGGUGGGUGCGUAUGGAGAAGCUGAUGUGCUUUACAGGGCAAUGCCAGAAAUGGACCUGACUCCAGACACAGUCACGUAUUCAACGAUGAUUGAGUGCUGCUGCAAAACGGGUCAGAUCGAAGAGGCACUUGAGAUGUUUGAUGAGUUGAGGAAAAACUCGGUGUCCUCAGCUGUAUGUUAUAACCGCAUCAUUGAUGCACUCUGCAAGAAAGGGAUGCUGGAAACAGCCACGGAAGUUCUUGUCGAGCUGUUGGAAAAAGGUUUGUAUUUGGACAUCCAUACAUCUCGUACCUUGUUACAUUCAGUUCAUGCAUGCGGAGGUGAAAAAGGAAUACUCGGUUUGGUUUAUAGACUCGAGCAGCUGAAUUCGAACAUCUGUAAUGCGAUGUUCAAUGAUGCUUUGUUGCUUUUAUGCCAGAGAGGUUCUUUCGACGCUGCGAUUGAAGUUUAUAUGGUUAUGAAGAGAAAAGUUUUAACUGUUAGAUCUCCUUCUACGUUUCUAAAAGCACUAGUGGACAAUCUCAGAGCAUUGGAUGCGUAUUCACUUGUUGUAAAUGAUGGUGAAAGGACUCUGCCUUCUUUGGAUGUUGUCGAUUACACGAUCAUAGUCGAUGGUCUCUGCAAGGAAGGAUUUCUGAUAAAGGCUUUGGAUUUGUGCACUUUUGCUAAACAGAGAGGCAUCACUCUCAAUAUCAUCACAUAUAAUUCACUCCUAAAUGGACUUUGCCAACAAGGUUGUCUUGUAGAAGCUCUUCGUCUAUUUGAUUCGCUAGAAAACAUUGGUUUGAUCCCGUCUACGGUCAGUUAUGGAAUUUUGAUUGGCAGUUUAUGCAAGGAAGGGCUGUUUCGUGAUGCUGAGAAAUUUUUGGACGAGAUGGUAUCUAAGGGACUUGUACCAAACAUUCUCAUUUACAAUUCGAUGAUUGACGGGUACUGCAAGCUCGGGAGAACAGAGGAGGCCGUGAAAAUUUUAUCUCGUAAAAUGAUAGGAAGGGUAACACCAGACGCAUUCACAGUCAGUUCUUUGAUCAAAGGUUACAGUAAAAAAGGUGACAUGGAAGAAGCUCUGAGAGUGGUUGCUGAGUUCAAGGGUAAAAACGUCUCAGCCGAUUUCUUGGGUUUUCUGUUUCUGAUCAAAGGCUUAUGCACGAAAGGGCGAAUGGAAGAAGCCAGGAGCGUCCUGAGAGAAAUGCUUGUUUCAGAACCUGUUGUUGAGCUGAUUAACAGAGUUGAUGCAGAAUUAGUUGAAUCUGAAUCGAUAGGAGGCUUCCUCGUCGAGCUGUGUGAGCAAGGAAGGGUCCCUCAGGCUGCUAAAAUCCUAGAUGAGAUAAGUUCCACGUUCUAUCUUUCUGGUAAAAACUCAGGUUCUUGUCAAAGGUUGCAGUUCUUGAAUGGUGUUAGUGAAAAAGAGGUAAAGAAGGAAGGCUAUGUUCAUGAUUUUCACAGCCUUCACUCAACCGUUAGCUCACUCUGCUCCAGUGGGAAGCUGAAGCAAGCUAAUGAGUUCGUUGUGUCUCUGCUCUCAUCUAUGCCUAGAUAG